UUUGCCGUAUUUUGUUGUGGUUGUGUCUUUGCCGCUGUUUACUAUCUUAGAUUAAAGAAUAGAUUACGUUUAACUAAUCACAAAGAUGAAAACAGAAUCUACACAGCCUGCUGAAAAGCCUAAAAUACCCUUGCCGACUCUUUCACAGAUAAAUGCUGACAGAAUUACUCAACUUGCAACCCAGUAUUGGUCUCCGCAAACUAAGGAAAAUCACUUACCUUAUGAUGCUGCAAUUGUGGAGUCAAUAUACCAGGCAGAAAUCCUUGGGUCAAGCUUUUCAGUUCGAAGGAUCAUGAUGCUGGAGUUCUCGCAGUACUUGGAGAGCUACUUGUGGCCAUACUACGAGGCGGGUAAAGCGUCACACGCGCACAUGAUGUCAAUAGUGGUCAUGAUCAACGAAAAGUUCAGAGAACGGGUGCCUGCUUGGCAGGCAUUCCUGAAGAAACCAGAUCACUUCCCAGCGUUCUUUGAGCAAGUGCUGCGAGCAACAGUAGCCGACGACCAUACGAGUAAAAACAUGCGGGAGCAAACUGCGCUGUUGCUCUUCCUGAACCACUGCUUUGGCAGUAUGGAGGUUCAACUUUGCAGGGACCAAGUCAAGAGAUUAGUUUCCCUCAGCAUGUGGAUUAGUUUACAAGAAGGUAGAAGAAAUCAGGAAUUCAAAGCGGUGCCGAAAUGGCGCAAGUACUGGCGAGCGAUACAGAAGAAAGAUAAGCCAGAGCUUCUUGAGAAGUUGAACUGGGAGCGACGAUACUUGCAGCGGCUUAUGGUGAAGUUUAUGCGAGUGCUUGAAGCUAUCCCCGAAACUGGAGAUAUAGACUCUAAUGUCGUGAGAUACUGCGAGAGGUUUCUGGAGCUGAUGAUAGAUUUGGAGGCGUUGUUGCCUACGCGGCGUUUCUUCAACACAGUGAUGGACGAUUGUCAUCUAGUGGUGAGAUGCUCGCUAGCAGCCCUCGCUUCCAGGCCCGAAGGUCAGCUGUUCUCACAGUUACUACAAAUGCUUAAAUUUUACGCCCGUUUUGAGAUAAGUGAUGAAUCCGGGGAUCCGAUGACGGACCGUGAUAUGACCCUGUUGCAUUAUUCCAGGAUAACUUCACUACAGAAAGCAGCGUUUGCCAAAUUCCCCGAUCUCCGAUUAUUUGCUCUCGCAAAUGUGGCUUGUGUAGACACAAGGGAGACUUUACAAAAACACUUUGGAAAUCUCAGUGAAAAAGCUCUUCGGGCAAUCGCAACUUAUCUAAAUCUGGUACCUUUAGACGGAAAAGAAGAGGAAGCGCCCUGGCAUCGUGUUGACAAAGACUUUCUCAAAGAACUAUUAAUAUCACGGCAUGAGCGACGUAUAUCGCAAUUAGAAGAACUGAAUUCAAUGCCGUUAUAUCCAACCGAAGAAGUCAUAUGGGACGAGAAUGUGGUGCCAACAGAAAUUUACAGCGGUGAAAAUUGCCUCGCUCUACCAAAAUUAAAUUUGCAAUUUUUGACCCUCCACGAUUAUCUGCUAAGGAACUUUAAUUUGUUCCGAUUGGAAAGCACAUAUGAAAUACGGCAAGAUAUAGAAGACGCCGUGUAUAGAUUAGCGCCAUGGCGUGCAGAAGAUGGAAGCGUAUAUUUCGGAGGCUGGGCUCGCAUGGCGCACCCUAUCAAAAGCUUCGCAGUAGUAGAAGUAGCCAAACCAAAUAUUGGUGAAAAAGCACCAUCUCGUGUGAGAGCAGAUGUUUCUGUCACAUUAAGCGUUCGCAAUGAAAUCAAGCACGAAUGGGAGAGUUUGCGAAAACACGACGUCUGCUUCUUGGUCACAGUGCGUCCCACACAAGGAAUUGGUACUAAGUACGACUAUAGGAAGAGUAUGGUAGACCAAGCUGGGGUAGUGUAUGUGCGCGGGUGUGAAGUUGAGGGCAUGCUGGACGCUUCUGGGAGGGUCAUUGAAGAAGGUCCGGAGCCAAAACCAGAGUUAGACGGAGACUCCAGGACGUUCCGCUUACUGCUAGAUCCUAAUCAGUACAGGCUUGAUUUGGAUCGCGCCAGCAAAGGGAAUGAGGAUGUCUAUGAAACAUUCAACAUUGUAAUGCGACGGAAGCCCAAAGAAAAUAACUUCAAAGCAGUAUUGGAAACCAUAAGGGAACUUAUGAACACUGAAUGCGUUGUGCCCGAAUGGUUGCAUGACAUAGUUUUGGGCUAUGGAGACCCUGGCCAGGCACACUAUACAAGGAUGCCAAAUGAAAUACCGACGCUAGACUUCAACGAUACGUUCCUGGACAUGGAACACUUGCGGAACAGCUUCCCCGGCUAUGAGAUCAAAGUUAACACCAACGACCCGCGCAAACUCGUGCGGCCUUUCAAGUUGACUUUCGAGAAUGUUCUUCGUAAGCAAGAGUUAGGAGACAGCGCUAUGGACGAAGACGAAGAACGGAAAGUAAUCAUAGUAGAACCGCAUGUUCAACCAAAACGCGGUCCCUACCUAUACAACGAACCGAAAAAGAACAAUAUCCUAUUCACGCCAACUCAAGUGGAGGCGAUCCGCUCAGGAAUGCAGUCAGGACUUACGCUCGUUGUCGGGCCGCCUGGAACAGGUAAAACGGACGUAGCUGUGCAGAUAAUAUCUAACUUGUAUCAUAACUUCCCGUCCCAGCGGACCCUGGUAGUGACUCACAGCAAUCAAGCUCUCAACCAACUGUUCGAAAAGGUAGCUGAGUUAGAUGUUGAUGAACGCCACUUACUACGUUUGGGACACGGGGAAGAAGCUCUACAGACCGAUAAAGACUUCUCCAGGUACGGUCGUGUCAACUACGUCCUGGCCAAGAGAUUAGAGUUGUUAGAGAAGGUGGGCAGGCUGCAGAAUACACUGGAGGCAGGAGGCGACGCGGGCGCCACCUGUGAGCUCGCGCACCACUUUCAUGUUUACCACGUGCGCCCGCGAUGGGCAGCAUUCUUAGAUCGUUGUGCACGCGAUCAGGCGAAAACAGUUGACACUGUCAGUAAGGAGUUCCCGUUUCACGAAUUUUUCGACGAUGCUCCUAAACCGCUGUUCCCUGGAAAAUCAUACGAAGAAGACAUGGAGAUAGCAAAGAGCUGUUACAGGUACAUAGACCACAUAUUCGAAGAACUCGAAGAAUUCCGAGCGUUUGAGCUGCUUCGCUCAGGAUUGGAUCGUUCCAAGUAUUUGUUAGUGAAGGAGGCCAAGAUCAUAGCUAUGACUUGCACACACGCGGCUCUCAAGCGAUCAGAACUGGUACAGAUGGGUUUCAAAUAUGACAACAUUCUUAUGGAAGAGUCGGCACAGAUCCUAGAAAUCGAGACCUUCAUCCCGUUGCUCCUGCAGAACCCGCAGGACGGUCGUUCGCGGCUGAAACGCUGGAUAAUGAUCGGAGACCACCACCAGCUGCCGCCCGUCGUGAAGAAUAUGGCCUUCCAGAAAUAUUGCAACAUGGAACAAAGCCUCUUUACCAGAAUGGUGAGGCUAGGAGUGCCCUACGUGGAGUUGGAUGCACAAGGACGUGCUAGACCUAGCAUUUGCAACCUGUAUCGUUGGAGAUACCGUGCCCUAGGCGACUUGAGCCACGUGACCCGGCUGCCGGAGUAUAGAGCUGCGAAUGCCGGGCUCAGAUUCGACUUCCAGCUGAUCAACGUAGACGACUUCAACGGGGCCGGCGAGACGGAGCCCAGCCCUUACUUCUAUCAGAAUUUAGCAGAGGCAGAAUACGUGGUGGCCGUAUUCAUGUACAUGCGUUUGAUUGGCUGGCCAGCGGAGCGCGUGUCCAUUCUGACCACUUACAACGGACAGAAGCAUCUCAUACGGGACGUGAUCGACAAACGUUGCGCCGACAAUCCGCUCAUUGGACGCCCGCAUAAAGUGACAACAGUGGACAAAUACCAAGGGCAACAGAACGACAUCGCCCUGGUGUCGCUAGUGCGGACUAAAGCAGUCGGCCACGUGAGGGACCUGCGGCGACUCAUAGUGGCGGCAUCGCGAGCCCGUCUGGGACUGUACAUAUUCGCACGCGCCAACCUCUUCCGGAACUGUUUCGAGCUACAGCCCACUUUUAACCAGUUAGUGGAGCGUCCCUUGGAACUAGAGUUGGUACCGGGGGAACGGUACCCCGCUCAAAGGGGAGCGGGGGCGACGGUACCCCCCUCCAUGGUGCUCAGUAUUCGUGAUAUGCCGCACAUGGCGAGAUAUGUGUACGACAUGUAUCUGGAUAACAUACGGGACGUCAACAAACCGGGCUCGAGACAAUACUCCGCCCCGGGUACGGCCGCGGCCGCCCAUUCCAAAUCGCCGGAACGUUUCGUUGCGUCCCACCCCGCCGCCGAUUCCGACGACGAUGAACCCGCGCCGACCUUCCAGCCCACCGUCAUCGUCAACGAGGUUGAAGAUGCCUAACUAAUUAUCCCGUGUAUGAAGAUUUACGUCACCAGUUGGCGCCACUGUGACGUGAGGUCUUUUGUAUGAAGGUUUUUGGCGCGGACUACCCGAACGAAAAUUUACAGUGGGACCAAGAUCUGGCGGCGCAUGGAGGUUAGAGAGAAGGAGAAC